UCAGUCCCCAGAUGAAUAUAUAGCUCAUAUUGAAAGACGCCUUUGACUUAGUAGAGGACGCCAGAACAAUUUUAUAAUUGAAAUUUAUUUUUAUAUUAUAAAAUCAUAUUUAACCUAGGUAGAUAAUAUGUAACCAAAUUCUGGUAUUUUCAAUCGUAUAAUAUUAAACCAAGCUUUAAUUGGUCUAUAUAAUUACCAUGUCGCUGAAACUAAAUAAGAGUAAUGCUGUUCAUCACUUUCACUAUAUGAUGGAGAGUUUUUAUGGUUUCAUCUAUCAAAAUCUAUCGGCUUGAAUUUUUUUCUUAAUCCGAACGAUUAGUGCGUUGAACUUGAUAAUUGUUUGAUGUUCAUAUCAAGAAUGGAUAAACUACGAUGUGUUCAUCGAUUAGAAAAUGCGAAUGUCUAGGAGAAAAGGAUAUAGAUGGGAAACAAAAAAAUUGAGGAGGAUCCCAUAAUUCAAUGAUAAAAGAUAAUAUUUUUCAAUACCCCUGAGAAGGAAAAACGGUUUGAAAUGAUUCAAAAUGAUUUGAAUCGACAAAUUUAUAAAUAUACAUUUAGCAUGGAUUACAUCAUUUUCUUAAUCAGGGACAAUUUUAAUUCGUGUGUGCUAUCAGAGAAAAUUAACAAUCCUCCAAUCCGAGGAGCUCCAGUUCGUUACAUUAGACCGUUCAAAACCGUUCAAGAGGUGGACGAAUACGACGAUUUCAGUGAAGAUGGACGUGCUAAAUUAAGACAUUAUCUGAGUGCCUUCUGCGGUGGUCAAGAUGCAACGGAAACUCUCAAAUUUUUUUUGAAAAACAACUUAUUCUUCGUUGAUAAAUUACUGAUCGCAUAUAAUUUUGGUCAGCUAUUAGAGAAAAAGUCCAAUGUCUUUCUGGGCGUGGCGAUUGAUCACGAUCUUUUUAGUGUAAUGCGUGUGAUGUUUUCCACAAUCCAAUCGAAGGAAUAUCACGAGGCUUUGAAAUCGGCACUAAGAAACGCAGAUAAGCGGGUAGGUAAGAAGCAUCCUCAGGCAGACGAUGCGGAGAUUUCUCCAAAAGCAAAAAAGAGGUCAAAGAAGAGAUCUCGUCCGCCUGGCUUUUAUGAGAACCCCUUCGUUAAAGGAUCAUCGCAAAAUACUGAAGAAUUUGAAAAUCACGAAGACGAUAAUUUAUAAGAAGUGAAUAACUAUUUAUUAAUAGUUUAAUAUCUUUAACUAAUUAGUUAUUUAUUAUUAGUUAUAUACGAUGUAUCUUAAAAGCUGUAAUAUGAUAGCUAAAUAGUUAAAUAACUAAUAAAUAACACUUUAUAUAUUCCAUGAUCCACAAGAA